CCGGUCUUUGGCCGUUGUUGAAGUGUGGGUUGGUGUAUAUAUAUAUGUAUGCACAGAGUACCAGAGAGCAGUAUCAUUUCAUCCACUGGAUCAGACUAGAGAUUGGAGAUUUACCUGCAAAAGAGCAUCACAUUUUAAUCUUACAAUGGACUUCUGCUCUGCAUCACAGCAAACCAGAAGCCCCAGCUCAUGGAUCACCCUCAUCCUCCUGUACUCAAUUGUCACCAUGUGCACUAGAGUAGAGGGCUGGUCCUACCAUCACUCCAACAAAACUAUGAACUGGGACACUGCUAGAAAGUGGUGCACGGAGCACUACACUGACAUGGUGGCCAUCCAGAACCGUGGAGAGAUCUCCCACCUUAACAGCAUCCUGCCCAGGCAGACCAACUAUUACUGGAUAGGGAUCCGUAAGGUGGACGACGUGUGGACCUGGGUGGGGACCAAUAAGACCCUGACUAAAGAGGCAGAGAACUGGGCAGACGGGGAACCCAACAACGGGGGGAACAACGAGGACUGUGUGGAGAUGUACAUCAAGAGAGAGGCGGACACAGGGAAGUGGAACGACGAGUCUUGUAUGAAGAAGAAGACGGCUCUGUGCUUCACAGCCUCGUGUCAGAGCGACUCAUGUUACCAUGGAGAGUGUGUGGAGACCAUCAACAGCCACCGCUGUAAAUGCUCUGAGGGCUUCUACGGAGAGCAGUGUGAACACGUUGUUGAAUGUAAAAUGGAGGUCACUGUCCCUGCUAAAGCCAGUGUCAGUUGCUCUCACCCCAAUGGGAAUUUCUCCUUUGACUCGACGUGUCAGUAUUCCUGUGAAGAGGGGUACCGGCUGAGCAGCUCCGGGCCUGUGAGAUGCACAGCCUCAGAAUCAUGGUCAGAACAGCCUCCCACCUGUGAAUUGGUCUUAUGCAGUGAGCUGUAUGAACCUGGGAAGGGUUCCAUGGCCUGCUCCCAUCCCCUGGGCUCCUUCAGCUACCUGUCCACCUGUACCUUUACCUGUGAGGAGGGCUAUGAGAGGCUGGCCUCCAGCUCUGCUACCCUGCAGUGUGGAGCCUCGGGACAGUGGAACGACUCACAGCCGCAGUGUAUUGCUGUAAGCUGCCCUACCCUCCAGCAGCCACAGGAUGGCGCUAUCAGCUGUGGAGAAGACUUCACCUAUGGAAGCAGCUGUAACUUUAGCUGCUCUGAGGGUUAUCUCCUCAAGGGGGCGAUCACAGUGACCUGCACAUCAGCUGCUGAGUGGAGUGAGGAGAUACCACACUGUGAAGUGGUCUUAUGCAGUGAGCUGUAUGAACCUGGGAAGGGUUCCAUGGCCUGCUCCCAUCCCCUGGGCUCCUUCAGCUACCUGUCCACCUGUACCUUUACCUGUGAGGAGGGCUAUGAGAGGCUGGCCUCCAGCUCUGCUACCCUGCAGUGUGGAGCCUCGGGACAGUGGAACGACUCACAGCCGCAGUGUAUUGCUGUAAGCUGCCCUACCCUCCAGCAGCCACAGGAUGGCGCUAUCAGCUGUGGAGAAGACUUCACCUAUGGAAGCAGCUGUAACUUUAGCUGCUCUGAGGGUUAUCUCCUCAAGGGGGCGAUCACAGUGACCUGCACAUCAGCUGCUGAGUGGAGUGAGGAGAUACCACACUGUGAAGUGGUCUUAUGCAGUGAGCUGUAUGAACCUGGGAAGGGUUCCAUGGCCUGCUCCCAUCCCCUGGGCUCCUUCAGCUACCUGUCCACCUGUACCUUUACCUGUGAGGAGGGCUAUGAGAGGCUGGCCUCCAGCUCUGCUACCCUGCAGUGUGGAGCCUCGGGACAGUGGAACGACUCACAGCCGCAGUGUAUUGCUGUAAGCUGCCCUACCCUCCAGCAGCCACAGGAUGGCGCUAUCAGCUGUGGAGAAGACUUCACCUAUGGAAGCAGCUGUAACUUUAGCUGCUCUGAGGGUUAUCUCCUCAAGGGGGCGAUCACAGUGACCUGCACAUCAGCUGCUGAGUGGAGUGAGGAGAUACCACACUGUGAAGUGGUCUUAUGCAGUGAGCUGUAUGAACCUGGGAAGGGUUCCAUGGCCUGCUCCCAUCCCCUGGGCUCCUUCAGCUACCUGUCCACCUGUACCUUUACCUGUGAGGAGGGCUAUGAGAGGCUGGCCUCCAGCUCUGCUACCCUGCAGUGUGGAGCCUCGGGACAGUGGAACGACUCACAGCCGCAGUGUAUUGCUGUAAGCUGCCCUACCCUCCAGCAGCCACAGGAUGGCGCUAUCAGCUGUGGAGAAGACUUCACCUAUGGAAGCAGCUGUAACUUUAGCUGCUCUGAGGGUUAUCUCCUCAAGGGGGCGAUCACAGUGACCUGCACAUCAGCUGCUGAGUGGAGUGAGGAGAUACCACACUGUGAAGUGGUCUUAUGCAGUGAGCUGUAUGAACCUGGGAAGGGUUCCAUGGCCUGCUCCCAUCCCCUGGGCUCCUUCAGCUACCUGUCCACCUGUACCUUUACCUGUGAGGAGGGCUAUGAGAGGCUGGCCUCCAGCUCUGCUACCCUGCAGUGUGGAGCCUCGGGACAGUGGAACGACUCACAGCCGCAGUGUAUUGCUGUAAGCUGCCCUACCCUCCAGCAGCCACAGGAUGGCGCUAUCAGCUGUGGAGAAGACUUCACCUAUGGAAGCAGCUGUAACUUUAACUGCUCUGAGGGUUAUCUCCUCAAGGGGGCGAUCACAGUGACCUGCACAUCAGCUGCUGAGUGGAGUGAGGAGAUACCACACUGUGAAGUGGUCUUAUGCAGUGAGCUGUAUGAACCUGGGAAGGGUUCCAUGGCCUGCUCCCAUCCCCUGGGCUCCUUCAGCUACCUGUCCACCUGUACCUUUACCUGUGAGGAGGGCUAUGAGAGGCUGGCCUCCAGCUCUGCUACCCUGCAGUGUGGAGCCUCGGGACAGUGGAACGACUCACAGCCGCAGUGUAUUGCUGUAAGCUGCCCUACCCUCCAGCAGCCACAGGAUGGCGCUAUCAGCUGUGGAGAAGACUUCACCUAUGGAAGCAGCUGUAACUUUAGCUGCUCUGAGGGUUAUCUCCUCAAGGGGGCGAUCACAGUGACCUGCACAUCAGCUGCUGAGUGGAGUGAGGAGAUACCACACUGUGAAGUGGUCUUAUGCAGUGAGCUGUAUGAACCUGGGAAGGGUUCCAUGGCCUGCUCCCAUCCCCUGGGCUCCUUCAGCUACCUGUCCACCUGUACCUUUACCUGUGAGGAGGGCUAUGAGAGGCUGGCCUCCAGCUCUGCUACCCUGCAGUGUGGAGCCUCGGGACAGUGGAACGACUCACAGCCGCAGUGUAUUGCUGUAAGCUGCCCUACCCUCCAGCAGCCACAGGAUGGCGCUAUCAGCUGUGGAGAAGACUUCACCUAUGGAAGCAGCUGUAACUUUAGCUGCUCUGAGGGUUAUCUCCUCAAGGGGGCGAUCACAGUGACCUGCACAUCAGCUGCUGAGUGGAGUGAGGAGAUACCACACUGUGAAGUGGUCUUAUGCAGUGAGCUGUAUGAACCUGGGAAGGGUUCCAUGGCCUGCUCCCAUCCCCUGGGCUCCUUCAGCUACCUGUCCACCUGUACCUUUACCUGUGAGGAGGGCUAUGAGAGGCUGGCCUCCAGCUCUGCUACCCUGCAGUGUGGAGCCUCGGGACAGUGGAACGACUCACAGCCGCAGUGUAUUGCUGUAAGCUGCCCUACCCUCCAGCAGCCACAGGAUGGCGCUAUCAGCUGUGGAGAAGACUUCACCUAUGGAAGCAGCUGUAACUUUAGCUGCUCUGAGGGUUAUCUCCUCAAGGGGGCGAUCACAGUGACCUGCACAUCAGCUGCUGAGUGGAGUGAGGAGAUACCACACUGUGAAGCUGUCCAGUGCCCCUCUCCUGUGGUUCCUCUGGGGGGUCAGGUCAGCUGUGAGGCCCCCUCACAUCCCUGGGGCUCUGUCUGCAACUUCAGCUGUGAUGAGGGCUACGAUCACCAGGGGGCCCCAAACAUGCAGUGUUUACGGUCAGGGGAGUGGAGCGCUGACACACCUACCUGCACAGCCACACCUGAGCCUCCAUUGAACCCCACUAUCCUAGGCCUGGCAGCAGGGGGCGCUGUGUCAUUAUCUGGCCUGUCUCUGGCUGCAUGGCUCCUCAAACGAAUCAGACAGAAAGCUAACAAGUUUGAUCUGAACAGCACCUCAGACAUUGAGGAACCUUUACAGACCUACAGGAACAGCAUCGACAGCCUGAUAUAGAGACCAACAACAAUAACAGCAGGAACAACAGCAGGAACAACAGCAGGAAUAACAGCAGGAACAACAGCAGGA